UCUUACAGGGUUAUGUAUCGUUGUUUCUGACUAUCCAUUCCAUCCAUCUGAGGGCAAAAAGUUUUAUUGUACAACAGAGGAGAUAUGCGGUGUACAACUUAUAGACUCAAUUUUCUUAAAGGGUAGAUUGCAAGAUGGACAGGAAGUUGCAGUGAAGAGACUUUCGGAAUCUUCUAAACAAGGGCAAGAGGAGUUCAUAAAUGAGCUAACACUCACUGCAAAACUUCAACACGUCAAUCUAGUAAGACUUUUGGGGUUUUGUACUGAAAGGGAAGAAAAGCUGUUGAUCUCUGAGUACAUGCCUAACAAAAGUUUGGAUUUCUACCUGUAUGAUUCGGUUAGACGAGCACUGUUGGAUUGGGAGAAACGGGCUCAUAUCAUCGAAGGUGUGACUCAAGGGCUUCUAUAUCUUCAAGAAUAUUCAAGAUUCACAAAAAUCCACAGAGAUUUGAAGGCUAGCAACAUCUUACUCGACAAUGACAUGAGACCUAAAAUUGCAGAUUUCUGUAUAGCUAGAAUUUUUCAGAAAGAUGAACAUGAAGCAAACACCGGCCGGAUUGUUGGAACAUACGGUUACGUUCCUCCAGAGUACGUAAAACGAGGCAUAUACUCCACCAAAUAUGAUGUUUAUAGCUUUGGGGUUCUACUCUUGUAAAUCAUAAGUGGAAAGAAGAAAACAUUUAUAUAUGGUCAAGACAACUUCACCUCCUAGAAUACGCGUAUGAAUUGUGGAAAGACGGCAAAAGCAUGGAGUUCAUGGAUCCACUAAUGGAUGAUACAAAUUCGGGGUGUAAACUCCUGCGAUGCAUGCAAGUCGGGCUUUUGUGCAUCCAAGAAAAAUGGGAAGAUAGACCAACCAUGUUGGAAGUGUACUCGAUGCUCAAAAAUGAAAUUGAAUAUGUGUCAGCACCUAAAAGGCCUGCCUUUUCUACUAAAACUGAUAUGGAUGAAGAAAAUCAUCACAAGUCGGGAAGAAAUUUGUUCAGCUAAUUUUGCAACUAUGUCCCAAGUCAUGCCCAGAUGACAUCUAUCUUUAGCUCUAUCAUUUUGCAGAAUAUUCUUCGUUCUUGUGAUUACACAUAUGUUCUAGUGAGUACACAUAUGUUUUCUUUUUCUUGUU